AUGGCUUCCCCAGAUGAAGCGACAGGCUUUCUUGCCUCCUUGCGGCGCAAGAAAAAUAAAAUUGUAGCAAGACUCAACGCGUUGGAUCUUUCUACCCCCACACCUUCCAUCCACCCCAAUACCCAGUCUUUACACGCGGAGCCGUCCGCCUCUCAAUCACGUUCUACUGCUGAUAAAAACGCGGUGCCGUCAAGCAGCCCAUUGGGACACUCAGACACAAGUCAACUGCCGGUUGCAACUGAUCCACGCAAAGGCACCGACGCUGCUACAGACACUGCAACCGUCAAAGUCCCUCGGCCCACCACCCCCGCGCUUCCAGCCAUACAAGUCCUGACCAGUACACUGAGAACAUUGCAUAGCGCAACGAAGCUGUUUCCGCCUCUACAGGCUGCUAUUGGAGGACUGCUAGCCUCCGUCGAGCACAUAGAGCUGAGCUCUAAGAAUCAUAGCGAAAUGGAGGCAUUAGCAAGACGGCUGUCGCUGCUCCUUGAAAGGCUUCACCGGCAUAUACAGGAAGCCAAGUCGAGCGAUGUUUCGGAGUUCCUUGAAGGAAUCGCAGCGUCUGUCGAAGAGCAAGUGACGAUCAUCCGCAGAAAGCAGGACCAUCGAACUACAAGAUAUCUUACGGAUGCGGACCAGGACGAGGAGGAAAUACUACGCGGGUACAAGAACAUAGCUGACAUACUGAAGGACAUAAAGAUUGAAGCAAACCUGAAAAUGUGGAACAUUGCCGAAGAACGGCGGGCGGACUCUCGUCUUGCAGGUUUGUCACCUGUGGAGUCUGCGGUCUACAACUCGCUUUUGUCGCACGAUGUGAAUCGUAGAGCAUGCACUCGGAACACUCGGUCGCAGAUCUUGCUGGAGCUCGAACAGUGGUCAGUCGAUUGGACGAAGCCCAACGUGUUCUGGAUGAACGGAAUGGCCGGCACAGGCAAGACAACGAUCGCAUACACCUUUGCCGAAUGUCUUGAAGAACGUGGUGCACUUGGGGCUAGCUUUUUUUGCACCCGCACAUCCGAGGAAUGUCGAAACGUGGGAAGAAUCAUACCGACUAUCGCCUAUCAGUUGGCACAGUGUUCGCCUGCUUUUCGAUCAGCGUUGCUGGAGGUUUUGGGACAACAGCCUAACAUCAAGUCACAGUCGAUAGACAGGCAAUGCGAGCGACUUAUCAAGGAGCCGCUAUCGAGAGUAAAGACCGGGAUUACAAAAGGGCUUGUGGUCGUGGUCGAUGCACUUGACGAAUGCAGCAACGCAAACGGGGUGCGAACCAUCUUGGACGCACUUUUCAGAAUGACUCCAACCCUGCCACUCAAGUUCUUCGUGACCAGUCGACCGGAGCCGGACAUCCGUCACAGGGUCGAGGCACAAUCCGACCUGAAUCGAUCGAUAUGCGUGCUACACGAGAUCGAGAGGUCGAUGGUCGAAGCAGACAUCGAGCUGUACCUUCGUGAAGAGCUCGGAGACAGCAUCUCCCAGCACGAUUUGACCCAGCUUGCUAAGCUAUCCGGAAGGCUUUUCAUAUACGCCGCCACCGCCAUUCGAUAUGUCCGACAGAUGGGUACAAUGGUCGACCCAGAUCGGCUCGAGGCCAUUCUCAGUUCGUCACCAAGCUCGGGCUAUGAGCACUCGGAUAUCGAUGACCUGUAUACCACAAUCCUGGAGGCUGCAAUACGCCAAACUGGCCGAAACCCCCAUGAGCAGCAACAGAUGCGACUGGUUCUCUGGACCGCAGUAUGCACACGGGAGCCGGUGGACAUCGAUACACUGGCAUCUCUGACGGGGAUCAAGGCGACAAAGGCUAACAUACUGCUGCAGCCUCUGUAUUCGGUGCUGCACGUGUCGCAAGCAACUAAGAUGAUCACCACGCUGCAUGCAUCGUUCCCCGACUUUAUGUUUGAUGAGGCGCGGUCGACCAAGUUCUACUGCGACGAAGCAAAGCACAGUCAGCUGCUCGCCGAACGGUGCUUCCAGGUGAUGGAAGACCAGCUGCGGUUCAACAUCUGUAGUCUAGAGACGUCGUUCAUACCGGAUAGCGAAGUGCAAGACCUAGAUGAUCGGAUAGCAAGGUCAAUCUCGCCAAUGCUGUCAUACGUAGUACACCACUGGGGAGACCAUGUAGUCAAGAGCGCGCCAUGCGAGACAGUGCGGAAAGGGCUGGAAGAGCUUCUAUCAUACCGACUGCUGUUCUGGAUGGAGGUGGUGAGCCUGAAGCGUACGCUGGACAAAGGGAUGAGGAUGCUGUUAGCGCUCAAGCCAUGGGUGACGAUUGAAGACGGAUCAUCAUAUCUGACCAAGCUGCUGAACGACUCGUGGAUCUUUGUGUCAAAGUAUGCUGCUGGAUCUGUUUCGCAGUCGACGCCGCAUAUAUACAUCUCGGCAUUGGCAUUCUGCCAUCGGACAAGCUCGGUACGCAAGCAGUACUGGGGUCGUACUCGGGAUCUUCUCAGCCUGGAAGGAUCUGCAAUGGAACAAAGUCAAACGGCGCUACUAGCAACAUGGCCAAUGGACUUGGCUGCCCUCUCACUGGCAUUCUCUCCUGAUGGGUCUCGAUUUGCAAUUGGAUUCCAAGAUGGCACAGUACAUGUAGUUUAUAGCCACAAUGGAACGGUUGCUCUUGGCCCCCUCGAGGGGCACACCAAGCAGGUCAACUCCGUAGCGUUCUCUCCCGAUGGGCUGCUGCUUGUCUCUGGCUCUUAUGACGGUACGAUCCUUGUGCGAGACGCGCAGACAUGCACCUGCAUAUAUGACGUCAUCAAGGGGCAUGAAAGCUGGGUGACGUCAGUAUCGUUCUCACCCGAGGGCAAGCACAUCCUCUCAGGGUCCAAAGACAAGACAACGCGGAUAUGGGACAGUGGCAACGGAAGUCAAAUACCCAACUCCAUCAAACGCCAUCCUGAUGAAGUCCUCUGCACGGCAUUCUCUCCUGAUGGCAAGCAAAUCGCAUGUGGCUUGGAUAGCAAUACGUGUCCGAUUGUUGUUUACGACGCAUCCACCAGAGAGUCACUCCCUUUUCCAUUCAACGCUCAUCGGUCCUCAGUCUAUUCAAUCGCCUUUUCGCCAAACAGCAAGCACCUUGUCACUGGCCAUGAAUCCGGUGAUCUGCGCGUCUGGAGUCUACAGGACGGCACCGCCACACACUCCCCACCCAAAGUACACAACGACACAAUCAGAUCCAUUGGGUUUUCGCCACUCGGAGACAAACUCGUCACUGGCUCUUGGGAUAGGUGCGUGUAUAUAUGGGAUGUAGAGACCGGCUACUCCAACCCUUGCCUACUUGGCACACACAACGGACCGGUUUCCUCCGCUGCGUUCUCACCCGACGGCACACGAGUCGCAUCAUGCUCAGACGAUCGCACCGUCAAGAUGUGGAACAGACUCUACUCGACAUCAUCUCACUCCUCACAUUCCAACGCACCAACCAGCGCUGUCUGGUCGGUUGCAAUCUCGCCUGAUGGGUCACGCAUUGCCGCAGCGGGUGCCGACGAAGCGAUCUACAUGUUCAACACACAGGAUGGCACUGCUGCUCUCCAGCCACUUGUCGCACACACCGACGAUAUCAACUCGGUGGCGUUCUCACUCGACGGCAGGUACCUUAUUUCCGGUGGCAACGACAACGGCAUAUGUCUAUGGGAUGCCGCAAGUGGCAAGCUGCUAUCCGGUCCACUUCGAGGGCAUGAAAAAAGGAUAUGGUCAGUGUCGUUCUCACCCGAUAGCAGGCACGUUGUUUCUGCCUCGCGGGGCAAGAACAUACGCGUGUGGGAUGUGGAUGAUGACACUCUGACACCUACAGACCUGGUCAGAACACACGACGACGAGGUCAACUCAGCGGCAUUCUCCCCCGACGGCAAGCAUGUUGUUUCUUGGUCUGACGACGGGAAGAUCCGGAUGUGGGGCUCGCAGACGCUAUCACGCGUGUUCCGUCCGUUUGGGUCGCUGCGGCAUAAAGAGCGUAUAAUGUCAGUGACGUUCUCGCCUGACGGCAGACUCAUUGCUUCCGGAUCCGAUGAUGGCGCUAUCCGCAUUUUUGACUCGCGCAGGGGCAAGUUGGCUCUCGGUCCUCUCAUGGCACAUCAGGACCAGGUAAGGUCAAUCGUGUUCUCACCCGACGGCAAUCACAUCGUAUCUGGCUCGGAUGAUGGAAGUGUUCGAGUGUGGAGGGUGGGAGAUGGUGCUCCUGCAUGCGAGCCACUUGAAGGACAUCAAGGUGGGAUCAGCUCGGUGGCAUGUUCACCCGACGGUGCAUACAUCGUCUCGGGCUCAUGGGACUCGACGGUUCGAGUAUGGAAGACACCAGGAAGGGGCGCUGCAUGCUACUUAUCCAGAUCUGCCUCUUCAACCUCGGAUCAGAGGGAGCCUCAUCGCGCCAUUGCCGGUGGACUGACGAUCGACAGUGGGGGGUGGGCACGUAACCACGACUCGCGGCUACUCUUCUGGGUUCCAUCUGAUCUGCGCAAGGUCUUUCCCCGCCCCGAGACAGUUUAUACGAUCGGGCCUGAAGGCACGCUUCGAGCGGACUAUAGUAAGCCGUUGUCGCUUGGAUAUGAGUGGCAGCGAUGUUUUGUUGGCUGA